CAAGAGAGUUACCUCCCUUGACAUAUAUCCGUUUUAUUUUUAUUUACAUCGUUUCCGAGAAGAAAUACAACAUAAUAACAUUAAAAAAUGCCGAUCGAUUAUAUAGGGACUGCUUAUUCAGCCACCUUGAUUUUAGGUGGCAUCAUGGGGUAUGUUAAGAGUGGCAGUGUCAUAUCAAUGGCUGCUGGAAUUAGCACAGGAACCCUGGCUGGAGUUGGUGCAUACCAGAUGUCUAUGGACCAUAAAAAUGCUGGACUUAGCUUAUGUGUCAGCACUUUCAUGACAGCUUUAAUGGGGUACCGUUUUGUGAUGACAAGGAAAAUAAUGCCAGCUGCCGUCAUAGCAGCUGCUAGCACACUUGUUUCACUUCGGAAUGGUAUGAACCUUUAUAUGAAGACUUGAAGAAUUUGGUGCAAGAGAGGGAACAAU